UUUCAGGUCUAAAUACUCUUGAAACAAAAUCACAAUCAUAUAGGAAAUUUGAGCUUGUGUUUUAAAUAACAUUCCGAUAACUGACAAUUCGGCUAUCUAUUAUCAAUAAUUAAUCGGAAAGUUUUUUAAACUUGAGUGAAUCAAUGUGAUAACUAAUUUCUUCCAGUAUUGAUAAGAUGAUCAUCUGAUAGGACAUAUAAAAAUAUCAAUGAUUUAAGAAGUUUUUACUAAUUUUUCAAUUCAACUAAAUUGAACAUAUACCAAAAGACAAAGAAUAAUAUAACAAACAAGCUUACACAUAAAUAUUUGGAAUAUAUAUUUAAAUAUGGUAAUAUGUUACGUACCAACGAUUUGACUAUCCGAAUCUUCAAAGUAAGUUCUUGUUGUAGAAAAAAAAGAAAUCUUUCGGUGGUGUUACUAGACACAAAAUCAUUUAUUAUAGGUAUAACUCUCCCAAAUUUGUGACAAGUUAAAGUACUAACAGGUAGAUUACACAAUCCGAAAACAGUAUUUUGUGUGAUCGUCCUCGUUUCUAAUUUUAGAAAAUCGUGAGGCUAUGCAAUUUUACAAGUCAAUAUACAUAUUCAACAUUCUUUUCUGUUUUGUCGUCUUGUAAAAAUUGAUAAAUCUUUUUCAAAUCUCUCUCAUUUCUCCUCUAGCUUCCAUCAGUGGGUUCAGCUAAAACGUACGCGUUUAAAAAGAAUCACCAACAUCUUAAUUUUAAAAUACAAGAUAGAAUCACCAAAUGCUUCAUAUGAAAAAUAAAAGCACAAUCAUGAUUACAUAACAUGUUUGUCUAGACUAAGCGGUAUGGUAGUUGUAAACAUUUUAGUCACUAUACAAUCAUAUAAACUAGUUGCCGUAUAUGAACAUUUAACAAGUAGUUCGAGUUUCAGUCUAGUAGAUUUGCACCGCCAAAAUAGUAAGAAACGUGAUUGGAAGCAUUUUGAUUAAGAUCACACUUUCAUCUGACCGUCGGCUAUUCUCAAGUUAAUAUUCUUACGUACGCCACAAAAAUUAAUAACCCAAUAACAAUGUAUACAAUAUACAUAGUUUUGGCAAAAAUAUAUAAUAUACAUAGCCUAUCCACAUAGGUUAUACGUACAAUAAUACUGCACGGCCAAAAAACUCGUGGAAAGAAAGUAGUCUCUACUGUAUAUAUAUAUUCUACAUUACUACUUUUCUAUUAAUUCUUUAGUGGCGUCUAGUACGAUAGUUUAAAGAUGAGAAGUAUAUGAUUACGAGCAAUUUGCUUUGAGAGGUCCCAGGUGAUUGACUCAAAGUGAGCUGUCCACAUUUGUAAGGAAGACUUACUUUACCUUAGUUCGCCGUGAAUUAAAUUAUUAGAUUACCUGCAGAGAUUAAAAGCCAAGUUUCAUAAUAGCUGGAGUCAGCAGAGUGCGUACGUUUCUUUUGGAAAUUAUAGUAUUCUUUCUUGAUGAAUCUUUGAACUAAAAGGAGACAUGGAAACAUUACAUCAAGUAUUUUCAACCACGAUGGGAAGCUAGUCGGUCACACUCCACAAGUGGUCUUUGAUUUUGGGGUGUUUCAUUGAAGGGUCCCGAAGUAGUGGUGGGGAAUAAUACUUUCUCAUCAUCUCUUUCUCUAGCUCUCACUCCACUAUAAAUAACGAAUCUUCACUUCCUUUUAAAAUACCCAUUAAACAUCACACAAGCAUCAAUUAUUUACACCAUUAAACAUAUAAUAACAAAUUAAAACGUGUUAUAUGGAAACACAACAAAGAAUGAGGGAGAAGUCGAAGGAGGAGGCAGUGAAGAAAUGGGAGAAGAAGAAGGAGUGUUCUUCACCAAAAGGAGUUGGGAAGGUUCGGAACAAGAAGAAAGGAAAGUUCUACAUUAUUGGAAAAUGUAUUACUAUGCUUCUUUGUUCACACGAGUGAUAUGAUCGUUAUCACCCACAGACCACAGUACGUAGUACAUAUAUGUGUAUCAGUGUAUGCAGAUAAUGACAGAGGUAUGAAAAGGAGAGAGAGCUCAUAUAUUUACAUCUUUACCUUUCUCUUCUUUGUAAAAGUUUGCAUAUUACCUCUUUCGGUGUUCUCUCAUUUUAUGGAGUUGUUGAGAGCCGGUUGUUCUAUAGACAAUUUCACAAAAAAAUAUAUUUUAUUUUU